AUGUCUGGAGUUCCACGGUGCCUGUGCGGCGAAGCACUACCAGCUUUCCUCGAGGAGCUCACUAGCCUACGAGUAAGAUGGCCCGACAAGAGAAUUCUCGCAGCCAAGGCUGAUGUCACCUCUGCGUUCAGAAAUGUGAGGAUAUCACCAGAUCAUGCACACAAGUUUUGCUACGUGAUAGGAGACGUGCUUGUGGCGGACCUAUGGCUGACCUUUGGCUGGGCAGCGUCACGAGGAUUGUGGGGUGUGUUAGCCUCCGCUGCAGAGCACUCGCACCGCAACACGUCCCUCGCGAACGCUAGACUACUACCAGAAGGAAUCGCAAUGAUGUCCCACGUGAAAAUAAAACCUCCUUGGGAAAAAGGCACCCCAACCCCAAUACCAUCGUCGGUAGGCGUAAGACCGCAUAGAGGCGGGGUACCCGCGGCCGAUUUCUUGGCCAGGGUCUACGUUGACGAUUUCUUGCUCACGAAGGUACAGCAUGACCCCACUGACCAAUCGGCACUCAUUGCUUCCGCCUCGCUAGCGUCAGACCAUGUCAGACUGUUUGGCAAGGGAGAAGUCGGAGAAACCCCCAUUCUCGCCCCGAAAAAGAGCACUGACUGGGACACGGUUAUAGAGGCCCUGGGGUACAUCAUAGACACGCAUGUUGGCAGAAUUGCAACUAAACCCGAACGGGAUAACUGUGGAAUCUCACUUAUGUUAUCAGGGCUGGUAGGUACUUCGUGUGGCAACUGCUCCGNUAUAGAGGCCCUGGGGUACAUCAUAGACACGCAUGUUGGCAGAAUUGCAACUAAACCCGAACGGGUAAGCGCGAUUCGGAACAUACUCGAGGCAGAUUGGCCCCCACGAUAGGAAGAAGGCCAGUGUUCAAGAAGUCCUCAGCAUUGCAGGAUAACUGUGGAAUCUCACUUAUGUUAUCAGGGCUGGUAGGUACUUCGUGUGGCAACUGCUCCGCCUUUCGGGUCUGCAUACGCAAGCCAGUCGACACACACGGUCACGACGACUAGUGGACUUGGGUAGAGAGUUCCGAGGCGAUAUCGCCUUCUGGAAGUGGACCCUCAAUCAGCCACUGGCACUUCGAGGGGAGUCCCUCAGCGCAUCGUUCCUACUCCACGUAAAACGAGCACCUUCACGCCUUUACCUCUCAGACGCGAGCUUCACAGCGAUUGGCGGCUACUGUCCCGAACUAAAGACUUUCUGGAGGUACACGAUCGAAUCACCGUUGUCUGCGGAGCUCAAGCGCAGGGCGCAAGAGAAGGAGACGGCAGACAUUACGUUCAAUCUGUUAGAACCGGGCAUGUUCAUGACCGCGUGGGUAGUCCAAAUGAUCUUGAACG